ACUGUUCAGUAAUACGUCGUUUAAAAAUUCACAGAUGUUGGAUGAAUAACAAGGUAGCGAUACUGGUCCGCUAGGGCUUUUGUUCCAUAAAGAUACAUAAUGUAUCGUUCCCCCAUAAGUCCUGUCAACUUUAUCAGUAGGACAUGAAUCCUAUAUAAUGCAUGAAAAGUAAUAAUUGUUGUAAACCAUUGAUCGCAUAAAAAUAAAUCUUCGGCGAAAAAAUGGAAAAUUGUUUAAAUUUAACGUUCAUGCAAUAUGACGUCGUCUCUUCAAUAGACUCAAACAUUCCGUUUUCCUUUCAGGUUUCUGAUGUCAACGGUUCACGAUCGUACGUGGAAGACGAUCUUGGAGAAGACACUGAAGCCGGUCCGUCACAGCCCAAAGUCAGGCGAGUGGACAGCACAUUUCAACACCGCAAAAACACAGCCGUCCUGUCAGUGAAUCAACAUGCAUUUGUGACUCUGUACCUUUUGGAGAAAAUGUACCCAUAUCCACCCCUCUACCAUUCGAAAGACAUAUGCAUGGUGGUAGAAGCCAUGCUAUGUUUGGGUGAAAUAGAAAGGAAACUGGUAGUAUUCCCCGGUUGUCAUAUAGAUGAUCUGUUUGAUGAGAGAUGGGGUGUGUUUACAUCAGAAAUUGAAGAGAGUAUACGAAACAAAAGUUUCGUUGAACUGUACUCGACAGUUUUCUUAAAACAUUGGAAUGCUUCCGACACAUUCUACAGCAACCGAAACAGGAGCCUUUUGACUCUGCUGACUACAACGGAAGACUUACCGAUAUGCUGGCGGGCACAGUUGUGUGGAAAUGUGGUGUGUACUACACUCAAGAUACAAUCUUCUUUGGACUUGUACUUAUCAGUGUCAGGAUGGGGGAUCAGUAUCUGGUAUGUGAUAUGGGUAAAUUUGUACAUGCAACUACAUGUACCUACAUGA